UCAAUCGACGGUUGUGGCUUCAACUUAGUUUUCGGACACUAAUGUUUGUUUUUAUAUGAAACCUGACAACUGGAGAUGCCAUUCUUGCAUAGCGGGGCUAAAUUUGGAUAACGUAGCGUUAUCUCGCUUGAAGCUAACAUCUUACCGGCUAACUCGCUAACUUUAGCUCCCUUAUCAGCUUGCGACUGAAAAUGAGCUUACAUGUUGGGUAACGUCGACGAUACCGCCGUUUACGUUAACCGAAUUGAUUUGGAGUUCAUGUCCAAAGUUAUGUGCAUUAACGUUAAAUGAUUAACGUUACAGGAGAUUAGCAUUUGUGUCGUGUCCUGAAUUCUGUCUGCCGAAGUUACGUUUAACACGAGACAACGUUAGCUUGCUAACCAACUUUAGCCACAAUCAGAUGAAAUCAUCAUCUGGGUUGAUGACUCAACCAAGACCUAGGCCUAGAACUUUCUGACUUUACAACAGGCUUGUAGUUGGAACCUGGUGCUCCUUUAAUAAUGCAUUACAGGUUGUUUUUUUGCCUGAAUGUUGACGUGGUGGCUGUCCAGAAAAACCAGAUAUUGUACCCCGGGAAAAUGCUGGACAAUUGGGAUGAUGAGGAUGAAGAUGAGGAGAAAAAAACAGAGAUGACAAAAACAGAGACAAAGGUCUCUGAAAAGAAAAAGCUGAGUGAGAAGAUAAAAGAGAAAGAAAACCGGUUAAAGAAAAAACUGCAGGAGCAGAGGGUGAAACAGUUGGCGGAUCAAAAAGAGGAGCUCACUCCUGAAGAACAACUUGCAGAGAAGCUAAGAGUGAAGAAGUUACAGGAAGCUGCAGACUUGGAGCUUGCAAAAGAUGCGUUUGGUGUUAGCAGCACUUCAAACAGUGUCACUGGGAUUGACGCCAUGUGUCCAUCUUCCAAAGAAGACUUUACAGAGUUUGAAAAAUUGCUGAAAGAAAAAAUAUCCCAGUUUGAAAAAUCUGUGCAUUAUUCAAGUUUUUUGGAUUCAUUGUUUCGGGAACUCUGUAUUUCAUUGGAAGUAGAUGACUUGAAGAAAGUCAGCAAUUCCCUGUCAGUCCUACUUAGUGAAAAACAGAAACAAGAAAAACAAAACAAAGGAAAGAAGAAGAAGAAAGGAGUUGUACCUGGAGGCGGUUUGAAAGCACAGCUGAGAGAUGACCUUGACUAUGCAGAGUUUGAUGGUGGCUACGCCCAAGACUAUGAGGACUUCAUGUGACACUGGCUACAUCACCACUGCCCUUUUCCCCUCUCAACCCUCAGAAAUGCAGCUGUACCUUCUCAUGCUGUCCAGUGCCAUCCUGGAAAAUCUGAACUAUGUGUUGCCCCCUUCAUUUUGCUUCAAUGACCAGAGGGACUAUACCAGGGAGCAUCCAGCUUCACCAGCUCUUUAUGUUCAUACAUAUGGAAUUGCCUUUUCUGUCUCAUUCAGCCUCGAUUCUCUCACAUACACACAAAUAAUCAUGUAGUAUCUGUGACCCAGCUUCAAUGGAGAACACAUUGUAACUGCUGUUGUCUGAGCUUUGCAGGGCACAUUUUUUAUUAAGUGUUGCUCCUUUUUAAAAAUGGCAGAUACAGUAUUGCAGUUAUAAGUGCAGUGACAUAGAAACACAAGGUUCUAUGCAAAUUCUUUAACCAGAAUGUCAUGUAUAUAUUAUAGGUCUCACUUACCUGUGGAUGGUUCUCUUACAGGAAAGUAUAUAGUAUCUAUAACUUUGGUUGCCAAAUUCAGAACAAUUAUUCAAUACAUUAUUCAUCUUUAUCUCUGGAAGGGUUGCAUUGUGGGUGAUUUGAGACUGACGCAACAUGUAAGUAGUAAUUUUACAGAAAGCACAUGACAUUCACUGUACGGUAAAAGGGAUAGACAAGUAUAAUAAAUGUGACUUUAAAACCUCACAGCCAUUCUCUUGAUACAUCUCUGGAAUAUCCUUGAAAAUAUGGAGCAAAGAGUGCGUGUAGGUAUUUUUUGUGCAUGACAUAAUUGUAAUUUACUAAUUUGAUUUCUACUAACGCAGAAAAAGUAUAGAUCAGGCAAGUGGAUUAACUUUGCUACGACUGGUCUCCUAAAUCAUUGCUUCUGCAGGCUUGUAUCAAGUGUGAUGAGGAGCGGGGGCUUAUGGGCUUCACCCCACCAUGUCUUCAUAUGGGCUACAGUUAGUUGAAAGGGGCGUAUUUCUCCUUUUUUCUUUUCUAGCAGUUGACCAGUUUCAAUGUUACAUGGACAAUUGGAUACAUAGAAUGUUGAGAUACAGCAUCUGCAGUGUUUUUUAAGCAUCUAAUUUAAUAAAUCGCUGGUCAAAAGGA